CCUCUAUCAUUUUCCUCACUCGUUUCUCUCCCCUCUUUUCUAGAAUUCCUCUAGUUGUAAAUAUCUAAUAGUCGCUACGACAUCCAUAACACCCGUAUUUUAAUUUCUUCUCCUCUUAAAACAAAUUGCUUUACACUCACUCUGUACAUUUUCAUCAUACGUUAUUUACCUUAACCCUGACCCUCUCACCAUUGACGACAUAUUCACUUUCCUUCACCCCGAAACUUUCUUUAUCAUGUUCGUGGCUUGGUCAUUUCUCGGGCUCAACAUCAUCUUGGCCUUAUUCCAAGCCUUACUUGUCAGUGCCGUUGGUGCCAUCCUCGCCAUUUAUUCCAAAUAUGGCGAUGAAUACGCCAACAGCAUUCGUUGGGUUCGCCAAGGCGGAUACUUUGAAAUGUAUAACACACUUGUCAACUCUCGCAACAGUAUUCCUCGUUCAACAAAGCUCAUACUCAUUAUAACGAUAGUUGUGAGUAUUAUUGCAAGUCUUUCCGAUAUUGGAGCCAUCUACUUCAUCGAACCAUCAGAGGCACCAAGUCGAACAACAUUUAUAAUCGUUAAAACUACUCAAUACGUGGUUAAUUCUGGUCAGUACAUACUCAGUGGCUGGAAUACAGCAACCCGUGGCCGCUCAGACAUUGUGGAUGCCAUAAAGCAUAUGAUAAACGAUACAGCAAAUAUCCCUGGCUAUGUGCCUGGGCUCGUCUACACCCCAAGGACUACCAAAUACGAGAUUGGAUGCGAUAAAAUCGCGUUUCAGAUGUGGGAUGGUGAUGUCAUAUUGAAUACACAUCAAGAUAGCUGCGCCACAGCCAACUUUACUAUGGAUGGAAUAGUUGUAAGAGACUAUUCAAAGAUGACCGUCAUACGCGAGUCCAGUAGCCGAAUAAGCAUUUCUGUACUUGGGCAAUCUCCCAUUUUUUUUACAGAAAUGAUCUCAACUACAUCAAUGACCAUCUUUGGAGAGGAAUGUGGGUUGUUGGAAGCGUACACGAACUCAGAUAUGCUUGCGGAUGGAAUUUCCUCUUUACCGGUAACUCAAGCUACCAAGUGUAUCCUUCCGACUGGCGAAAUAAUUGUGAUAUCAUCAACAGCAAUACGUUUUUUCGUGGCGGACCCCCAACUUAUUAACAUCACAACUUCCACCCUCUUUCACGAGGAAAAUGAGCUAGUUAAAGCAAUGGAAACAACUGUCAUGAAGGAGUCAUUCACAAAGAAUUCGACCUUACUUGUCGAGCUCAGGGCUGGCGACUCAUCUCUGGAUGCAUCAGGCUGUUUCUCAAAUUGGAACACUGAGACAAAUUCGACCAACCUGGCAUGUAUGUAUAUCAAUUUCAAAUACAUCAUCACCAAGGCCCAAAAGCCCGAUAAAAUUAUUGCAGCUGCACGUGGAAAUGCUCCAUGGCCAAAGCCAGUGGGAUAUAGUUCGGUAAUGGCCAUUCAGCAUCUUCCGACAAUCACGUAUAAGGAACCAAAGCAUCUUUCCAUCGCUGGCGCGAAGGAUGCAACGAAAUCAGUAGCUGAUUAUGUGGCAUCAUUGGGGCAGAACUUUUUCGUCGAUUUUGCUCAGCGACAACUUUUAGUUCUGUACGAUUCUUCAGAGUACGAAAAAGGCUUCGAUAUUCCUGAUUGGUUGGCGAUCGGAGCUUUGUGUACUAUGGUAGUCUGUGCUAUAUUUUAUGUCUCUACCCAGUAUUUCUUGGAUCCACGAUACACUGGCUCGCUCUACAAAGUCAUGUCGAUUCACCUGGCAGACAAAUACAACAGCUACGCCCAAAUGAUUCGAUGGUCCAAAGUUUACUCUAUGCAGCUUGACGAGUUUUCGAAUGCGGCAUCCAAUGAUGAUGAGCACCAAACCAAAUACAACAACAAAUCCGAUGAUGUCGAAUAUCAAACUAAAUACACCAACAAAUCCGAUACUUCACUCAAUCGCGGAAUGUGGUGAAUCUUGAGUAUAUAUCCUUCCCUAACAGUAGCUUCAUCAUCUUAAUGUAUAUAUAUAGACUUAUAC